AUGACGUCCAGAAGCCGGCCGAUGCAACAUAUCGACCGCAAGGAAUUGUACACCAAUCUCGAGUCGCGGAUACGUUAUCUCCACUCAUUCCUAGACUUUAGCAGCAGGGACAUCGAGGCGCUGGUGUCGGGGGCCAAGUACAUCCGGGCGCUGAUACCGGCGGUGGUGAACAUUGUGUACCGGAAGCUGGUGCAGUACGACAUCACGGCGCGGGCGUUCCAGACGAGGAGCACCAGUUUCGAGGGGCCGAUGGACGAGGUCCCCAGCGAGGAAAGCCCGCAGAUCCUGCACAGGAAGAUGUUCCUCCGCGCGUACUUGAACAAGCUCUGCUCUGACCCCAGCGAGAUGGAGUUUUGGGAGUACCUUGAUAAGGUUGGGAUGAUGCACGUAGGCCUCGGCAGGUCUCAUCCCCUCCACGUCGAGUACGUGCACAUCGGGGUGACGCUCUCGGUCGUCCAGGACGUGCUCACCGAGGCGAUACUCUCGCACCCGCGCCUCCCGGCCCGACGCAAGAUCGCCGUCGUCAAAGCGCUGGGGAAGGUCAUCUGGAUACAGAACGACCUGUUCGCCAAGUGGUAUGUGCGGGACGGGGAGGAGUUCCUUGGGGAUGGGGAGGAUAGGGUGGCUGUCGAGAAGGAGGGGUGGUUACGUGGGAGGAAGGUGCUGGAUGAGGUGGAUGGGGAGGGGGAAGAGGAGGAGGAGGAGGAGGAAGAGGUUGGGGCCGGGGCCGGGGCCGGGGCUAAGGGUGUGUGUCCGUUUACCGGCGUGGAGGGGCCAAUGAGGGAGUUGAAGAUCGGUGAUGCGGGCUCGCAGGCGGAUGGGCUGGAGAAAUGA